AUGUCUGGUAACGCCUCGGAAACCGCGGUGGAGAAAUACCGUUACGAAAUCCUCUUCGGUGCCUGGCUGGCCGUCACGGGCGCGACAUUUCUUCGCAUCAAGCGUCAGCCCUACUCGACCCGUCUGAAGAUCGAGCAGUACGAGAGCAUCUUCAAGGGCACAUCCCUCAGUGCCGUGCUGAUCGGGAUUGGAAUCACACCCGCGCGGACUACAGCAAGGCGAUUCGGCGAGAACGGGUGGAGAGGUCGCGUCUGGUUGACCUUGGCGCUUCCCCGCAACUUUCACAUGCGAACACCCGUCGUCAUCGUUCCUUCUCCACCACGGCUCGACAUCAUGUUUCUUCGACUGGGCUCAUCCAGUCUUGAGCUCAGCCUGUGGAAUCCUGUCUACGCCGUCACGCCCUUUAUCCUGCUGUCCGUCUCAAUCCCGCUCGCCAUCUUCGCCGUCGUCACCACCUCCAUCGCCGUAUCGCUCCUCUCCUUCCGCGCAUUGACCGUAUAUUGCCGUCUCGCCAUUGCAAUUGUAGGCGCAUGGUUCUCUCCAUCGACCUCGAAGCCAGUUCCGCUUCGUGCCCCUCUUAUACCUUCAUCCGCCCGACACUCCCCGACCGGACGCCGCCGCACAAGCACGGCUAGCACGACAUCUUCGCAAGAUGCAGCUCUACAGUCGGCGCAUACGUCACGUCUCCUGAAACAUAAGAAUAACUCUCUUACGGCGCUCAUUGGUACAAGCGAAUUGACGCGUGACUUUGAGGGCGUGGGAGGAUGGAGAGUGCCGGGUGACGACGAUGAAGAGGCGUUGUGGAUGGGCAUCAAUUCAAGGCUCCAGUUACCUGCCGAGACGCCUACUCGGAGGCAUGCGCGCAGUCUAACAGGCGGUGCAAGCCCGGGCCAGAGGUGGAGUGCUGGAUCAGAAGCGUUUCGCAUGAGCCCAGUGCAGAGCAGGGCAAGGACACCAGUACGCUUUGCCAUCGAAGACGAAUCUGGCUACUUCCCUAUGCAGCCCACUUCAAAUAGUCGGCGUGGUAGCGCCGGCUCUGAAUCCGCCAAACAACACAACAGAAGGAAAAGCGGUAGUGGUAGCAGCAUGUCAAGUACUGCUUCCGGUCUCGCUAUCACGAUGAAGGAAGCUGGCAAAUGA